AAUUGGCAAUAUGCACAAACUUCGGCAGCCGCUCUACUACUGAUUUUUUGAUAUCUCAUUACAUUAGCUAAAUAAAAUAAAAAAUUGAACAAUUUAUUGAACCGCUUCAAAAGCAAUAGCAACAACAAUUGUAGGUGCAACAUAACAAAUGACGACGUUUUCAGCUGAUGACGUCAAAACAGCAAUCAUAGGGGAUAUCAUCAUCAUAGACUUAAUAAAAAUAUUUUACCAACAACAGAAAAAACCGCCACAAAAAUGAAGUCGCAGCGAAGUCAACAGGCCAUUUAUCCAGCAAUUAUGGCUACUUUUGCAUCAAAUUCAACAAACCAAAGAACUGUACGUCACAAUGAAUUCAGCCACCAAUAUGGUGGCCAUAAUGUCAAUUGCCGUUUUAGAACAUAUAGACCACAGCAACAGGCACAUGCACAGGCACAUGCCCAGGCCCAGCAGCAACUACAAAGAACACAGGAGUUUCAACAAAAGCAUUGCCUACAAUAUUCAAAGACAGCCUUUUUAGUUUCUUUGGUAAUUCUAUUAAUGCACUGCCCUGUACAUUGCACAGCGCAACAACAAAAGUUUCGUGAAACUCCAGUUGACUUGCUAGUGACUGAAGGUACUGAGGCGAUGAUGCGUUGUGAAGUCUCUAAUCAGGCAGGUGCCGUUCAGUGGACUAAAGAUGGAUUUGCUCUGGGGUUUUCAGCAGUGAUACCUGGCUUUCCACGUUACUCAGUGCUUGGAGACCGCAAAAGGGGCAUUUAUAAUUUACGUAUAUCAAAUGUUAGUAUUAUGGAUGAUGCAGAAUAUCAAUGUCAAGUGGGACCUGCACGCCUUAACUCAGCGAUAAGGGCAAAUGCUAAACUGACUGUGAUUUCACCACCGUCUUCUAUUGAAAUCGAAGGAUAUACGCCCAAUUCAAAAGUAGAAGUCAGAGAAAACCAAGACCUAACUCUAAAGUGCACAGUGGCAAAUGCGAAACCUAAAGCUGAAAUUAUCUGGUAUCGUGGAAAUGUGGAAUAUAAUUCAGUUAGUGGCUUAAAAAUGUAUUUCAGUAUUGUUUCUGCAUCGUUUAUGUUGCUGUAA